AAAAAGAAGAGCAAACAACAAAAAAGUAAAUAAAUAAAAAAUAAAAUAAAAUCGAAAGAAAAUAAAAAAACAAUUGCCGUAGAAAAUUGUUUUCCCUGCCGUACAUCAGCCCGCUCCGGCAACGGCAACGGCAACGGCAACGGCAACGCCUUCGUCUCCAUUUCCGCCUCCGCCAGCGAGUCGGCAUACGGGUCUCGGGACAGCCGGUGUUGCUGGUUAUUGAUUCAGUUGACCGCCUGAUCGAUGCGCCAUAUGUCUGGCUAAAAGACGUCUGCCACAGCCACAGCCAGUUGGGCGCAUGCCACAGGUUGCGACAGUUGUCCCGACUCGUAUUGGAGUCCGCCUCACGGUUGAGUGAUUGUGACUUUGUAGUGUGCCACAGACACUGCUCGAUACCGACAGAUGACUUGCCAAUCGAUCGGGCUAUUUAAGUAAAUGAAUGCUACCCCCGAUUGCCAUCUAACUGCAGACAGAGCUAGCGACCGAGGCUCCAGCCAGAUUCCCAAAUCAAUACACUCAGCUAACCGGAUGCGUCCCACUGCGCCCACAGCGAGAAUGAGUCGUGCCACACGAAGCGUCCGCCUCCUGGCCAGCGCCUGUCUCCUGGGACUCCUAAUCUUGUUGCCAGCCUGCUCAGCUGGACCGCACGAGAAGCGCCUCCUGCACGCUCUGCUGGACAACUACAACAGCUUGGAGCGACCCGUGGUCAACGAAUCCGAUCCACUGCAAUUGAGUUUCGGUCUAACACUUAUGCAAAUCAUCGAUGUGGAUGAAAAGAAUCAGCUGCUCAUCACGAACAUUUGGCUCAAAUUGGAAUGGAACGAUAUGAAUUUGCGUUGGAAUUCCAGUGAGUUUGGAGGUGUAAGAGAUUUACGUAUACCGCCCCAUCGAUUGUGGAAACCCGAUGUGCUCAUGUACAAUAGCGCGGACGAAGGCUUCGAUGGCACCUACGCCACCAAUGUGGUUGUGCGGAACAACGGCAGCUGCCUGUACGUGCCGCCCGGCAUCUUCAAGUCCACGUGCAAAAUCGACAUCACCUGGUUCCCCUUCGACGAUCAGCGUUGCGAGAUGAAGUUCGGCUCCUGGACCUACGAUGGCUUUCAGCUGGAUUUGCAAUUACAAGACGAAGCCGGCGGCGACAUCUCGAGUUUCAUAACAAACGGCGAAUGGGACUUGUUAGGUGUGCCCGGUAAACGUAAUGAAAUCUACUAUAAUUGCUGCCCAGAACCUUAUAUUGACAUAACAUUCGCCAUUUUGAUACGACGCAAAACUUUAUACUAUUUUUUCAAUUUGAUCGUGCCGUGCGUAUUGAUCGCAUCGAUGGCACUGCUAGGGUUUACACUGCCACCAGAUUCUGGUGAGAAGCUAUCGCUUGGAGUUACUAUUUUACUAUCGCUCACAGUCUUCCUGAAUAUGGUAGCGGAAACGAUGCCAGCUACAUCCGAUGCUGUGCCGCUGUUGGGAACUUAUUUCAAUUGCAUUAUGUUUAUGGUGGCCUCAUCAGUUGUGUCAACCAUACUUAUCCUCAAUUAUCAUCAUAGAAAUCCAGAUACGCAUGAAAUGAGUGAAUGGAUAAGAGUAAUAUUCCUUUAUUGGUUACCUUGCAUAUUGCGCAUGCAAAGACCCGGACAGGUUGGCUACGAAUGCCCGCCGCCGCCGUCGUCGUCGGGCUCCUCGACAGCUGGUGACAAAAAGCAACAGAUCCAAAACGUUGAGCUCAAGGAAAGAUCCUCGAAAUCGCUGCUCGCCAACGUACUCGACAUUGAUGACGACUUUCGUUGCAAUCAUCGCUGCACUAGCGCCACGUUACCCCAUCAGCCCACGUACUACAGGACAAUGUUCAGGCAAGGCGACGAUGGCAGCGUGGGUCCAGUUGGACCCGUUGGUCCAGUGGGUCCAGUCGCACCUGUGCCCGACUCCCGCAUGCACGAGGCCAUUUCCCACACCUGCCUCAGCUCCUCGGCGGAAUACGAACUGGCGCUGAUACUCAAGGAACUGCGCUGGAUAACCGAUCAGCUGAAGAAAGAGGACGAGACAGGCGAUAUAACGCGCGAUUGGAAAUUUGCCGCAAUGGUCGUGGAUCGUUUGUGCCUUAUUAUUUUCACGCUCUUCACAAUUAUAGCCACGCUGGCUGUGCUCUUCUCGGCGCCACAUUUCAUUUUCCCAUAAAUGAUUCACUCUGACGGUCUACGUAAUUGCUUCAGUUUGGCACGAGUCGUACAAAAUAUUGUUUCUACUUUUGUAAAAUACUCAAAAUACUAAAAUACUUUUUAAAAAAUAAUAAUAAUAAUCACAUAAACAGAAAAGAAAUUCAAUUCAUGUAAAGAAUACAUAAACAAGUGAAUGCUUUUCAAGUUCUUUUCAAUUUCAAUUCUUGUAUAAAUUAUAAUUCAUUUCUUGGAAUACAACAUUUGAUCAUAUUUAUAGUCAAAUACGAGUUGAAUUGUACGACGCGUUUGGUAUUGACUUCUUUUCAUCCUCCCCACUUUCCCUGCCUCUACUGCCCCAUUCCCCACACUGCUACUGACUUCAUCAUUUUUUGCAUUUGUCCAUUUUGGUUUUCUUGUCGAAUUACUGUAAAAUAAUUCAUUUCAUUUAUAGUAUGGGAUAAGUUCUCUUUGAUUUUCAUUUUUAGUAUGUAAAAUAGUGUAUACAAAUAUGUUGCUGUGAUAGAAAAACGUAUGAACAAAACGGAAACCAGUCACAAUAAAAUUUCAAAUUCAAAGUGAACAAAAACAAAA